UCAACUUGGCCAAUUGGCUUUCUCCUUAAUAAACGUGAAGAGAACAACUCCAUGUUAUAAAAGGCCAGAAGUUACACCAAAAUUUUCUUGAGAAUUACAAGCUUAAUUUUGAUUUUGAUUACUAAAAAAGAUGGCUGAGACCGCCGAUAGCAGUAGCAAACCCUCAAGCUCCACAGUUUCAAGAACUGUCCUUCUCCUUAUGAGGGUCUUAACAUUUGUAUUCCUUCUAAUUGCUCUCAUACUCCUAGCUGCAAACAAGGAAACUGAAGAAGACACAAGUAGUGGUGACUCUGCAGAAUUCAAGUUCAAUGAUUUUCGUGCUUUUAGAUACAUGAUGGCCACAAUAGUGAUUGGGUUUGCAUAUAACCUCCUGCAAAUGGCACUCUCAAUCUUCACCGUGGUCUCAGGAAACCGUAUACUAAACGGCAAUGUUGGUUAUCUGUUUGAUUUCUUUGGUGACAAGAUCAUGUCAUUCGUUCUACUUUCUGGUUCAGCUGCUGGAUUUGGUGCCUCUGAAGAUCUGCACAUAAUCUUCAAAAACGCAGAACUUCCCUUCAACGUCUAUUUUGCAAAGGCAAAUGCCUCAGCUAGCCUUCUUCUUUUUGGAUUCAUGUGCACUGCCAUUGCAUCAAUUUUCACUUCAUUUGCUUUGCCAAAGAAAGCUUAGCAUGCAGCUUGAUGCAGAAAAUUAAUGAUGCUAGCUCUCUUGUAUGAUAAUCCUUUCUGCGCUUCUCAAGUUUGAUUAGAUCGAUUCUUGUGCGGUUGUGCCUUGUCGUGGAUUUGUAUAUCUUCCAAGUUUUCCUUCCAAUUGUACUUGUAUUAAUUUUUUAAUAGAAUGGACUUUUCUGUA